AUGACAGGCUUCCAUGAUGUGAAGAAGUAUUUCAAUCGGAAACUAGCACUUUCGUGCAGUUUGAUCGCCCUGUCGAGCUUCAACUAUGCUUUCGAUAACCAGGGGUUUGCUCAGACGCAGGCCAUGGAUGCCUUCUCAAGAAGGUUUGGUGUCUACGACGACAAGACCAAAACAUGGUCGCUUGACACUCAAUGGAAAUCAUACUUUAACGGACUUCCGUAUAUAACAUUUGCCUGUGGUGUGGUUAUUGGCAGUGUUAUCAGCUCACGCUUCGGUCGCCGCUGGUGCAUGUUUGCCAUGAGUAUCUAUGCUUUGGCAACUGCUACCAUCACAACAACCUCUCAUUCCAACGACCAGAUACUCGCUGCCAGGAUUCUGAACUAUGUAUAUAUUGGAAUGGAGCUCUCCGUCGUCCCAGUCUUCCAGUCUGAGAUUGCUCCAACCCAAAUCCGUGGUUUCGUCGUAGGCAGCUACCAGUUAAGCAUCGUGUUUGGAGGCAUGGUGAUUGGCUGGGUGUCCAAUGGAACAAGCAAAAUACAAGAUGAUCGUGCCUGGAGGAUACCCCUGGGACUCUUCUUUAUCAUUCCGACUAUCAUAUCAUCUCUUAUAUGGUUCAUCCCUGAGUCACCGCGAUGGCUUCUUAUGCAAGGCCGUGAGAAUGAUGCCCGCGUCAACCUACACAAAUUACGAGAAGGGGCUUUCACAACAGACGAGAUCGAACAAGAAUUCGAAUCAAUCCAAAAUGGCUUGAAGAAUGAGCCUGUGCAGGGUAGAUUCAAAGAAUUGUUCUCAUCGUCGAACAGAAAGCGGACAGCCAUUGUUCUUGGACUGAACUUUUUCCAACAAGCCACGGGCCAGGCGUUCGCAUCGCAAUACGGCACUCUGUAUGUGAAAUCACUGCACACAAUCAACGCUUUCAAUUAUCACGUCAUAAAUGGAUUCAUUGGACUUUGUGUUAUCUCGGUCUGUCUAUAUCUCAACGACAGAGUCGGAAGGAGGCCUCUGCUUCUGACGGGUGCCAUAGUCCAAUCAGUUGCUCUCCUCGUCAUGGGAGGACUCGGGGUCCACACACCAUCCUAUUCCGAGAAAUCGGCAGUUGCCGCAAUGCUGUCGCUCUUCACUGUGGGCUUCAACAUUGGGUGGGCUGCAUUAACAUAUGUUGUGACGACCGAGAUUCCAACACUCCGUCUGCGCGAUAACUCACAGCGAAUUGCGUCCGUUAUGAAUGUUCUUACAUUCUUCGCGGUUUCCUUCACUUUACCAUACCUUAUGGACGCUGAUUAUGCAAACCUUCAGUCCAAAGUUGGAUUCAUCUAUGGGAGCUUCGCGAUUGCCUCAAUCGUGUUUGUCUACAUUUGCGUUCCAGAAUGUCAAGGGAGAUCGUUUGAGGAGAUUGAUCAGUUAUUCCGGAUGAACAUCCCUCUUCGUAAAUUCCACAAACACGAACUACCAGAUGGAGUCACUGAGAUUGACGUAAAUGGCAUUUCGAAGGCUUGA